AUGGAUAAAAUUGAGAUGAUAUGGGAUAAUCAAAUUGCCGCGGAUUCUUUUCCCAAGCUAAAAUCGCUUUCCGUGGAUGAAUGCAAUAAGUUUGUGACCGUUGUUCCUACUUUCGUUCUAGGACAGCUCAAGAGCUUGGAAAGUUUAGAAGCCAAAGCAUGCGUUUCACUUAAAGUUGUUUUUGAACUUCAGCCACUAAUUCCUCUAGAUGGGCAUCCUGUUGCUGUUCCGUUAAGAGAGCUGACAGUAUCAAGAUUACCAAAGCUAAAGUGUGUAUGGGAUAAGGAACUCCACCGUCAAGUUAAAUUCCAGCAUCUACGUUCAGUUAGCGUUUCCUGUUGCAAUAGCCUCACCUCUUUGUUUCCAACGUCGAUAGUUAGAGAUCUAAUGCCACUUGAGGAGUUGGAGAUCCGUGAAUGUGGCAUUGCCCAACUCAUCGAGAAGGAAGAAGGACUACUAGUUCCCAGGUUUGAUUUCCCAAAGUUAACCUCUCUUAAGCUUAAAGAUCUGACUAAGUUGAAGCACAUCUACACCGGAACACAUGCUAUACAUUGCCCGGCAUUGAAAACCUUGAAGGUGGAUGGCUGUAACAAAGUGGAGAUAAUUGCUCACCACACUGAGAAUGACAUGCCACGUCAUAAACAACCUCUCUUUCUGAUAGAAAAGGUACGAGCCAAGAUUAUUUGUUUUAAUUCAAUAGUGGAUAUUUGA